AUGAGUAACCAUCGAGUAGUGUACACAGAGCUGAAUCUGGCCAAGGACCCCAAGCAACAGCAAAGGAAACCUAAGGGCAACAAAAGCUCCAUUUUGGAAAGUGAGCAGCAAAUAACCUAUGCAACGUUAACCCUUCAGAGUGCUGCUCAGGAGCAGCGAGGGAAUGGCAAGGACCACAGCUGCAAAGACUUCACAUCACCUCCUGAGAAGCUCCUUGCUGGAGCCCUGGGAGGCAGCUGCCUCAUCUUAGUGACCACAGUGAUAGUUGUGAUGACAGUCGUAAUUCCCUCUUCUGUAAUACAGGAGAAGAACAAAUCUUCCUUGCUAAGAACUCCAAAAGCAUAUCAUUGUGGUCCUUGUCCAAAGAAAUGACUAACAUUUUCUGACAAUUGUUAUUACUUCGGUGUGGAAAAGAAAACUUGGACUGAGAGUUUGGUGUACUGCACUAAUAAGAACUCGAGCCUGUUGUACAUUGACAAUGAGGAAGAAAUGAAAUUUCUAGGGUCUCUCUCAUAUUCAUCUUGGAUUGGCGUCUUCCGUUCCGGCAUAGAUCGUCCAUGGCUGUGGGUAAAUGGCUCAAGAGUGAAGGAAUCAUCAUCUCAUGAAGAGGACUGUGCAUGGCUGUCCUCAUCUGGCCUUAUUGCAGACAAUUGCAGAUCAGCACACACUUAUAACUGCAAACAUAAAGUUUAG